AGGCCCCGCACCUUCAGUAGGGUCAAAUUUCUUGCGCAAAUGAGAGCAAUCCCACGAAAAAGAAGUGCUCUCCAGAUUGUCAAAACCUAUCCGGAUUAUACUACUUCACUUUACACGUAAUUUUUCUAGCCUUAUCAGAAUGACAACGACGGUUAUUCAACAAACUUGACACUUUUUUGUUUUUUAGGAGAAACGUUUGUACAAGUGUGUUGCUUGCUUGUCUUAUGUGUUUGUAUUUGUUAUAGUGAAGGUAUUCCUAUGUCGAUUUGGAGCAUCGUUCGCUAAUGUCACUUUCCCCUGAUCACUAUAGCUUUGGUCAGUGACGAGUGUUACCAACCUCAAGACUCCAAAAGACCUGCUGGGACCUGAGGAGAUUUUGUUUUUGAUCUAUUUUCCAAAAUGAACCUUAUUGGGAGCUACCAGCAUCAUCAUCUGAUGCACGAGACCUUUCCAUUCGUCCAGAGGUGUCAUCAAGAUAACCCGUACUUCCAAAGCUGGGUGGUGAACCACGGCGAAGUCCCUCCUGAUUUCCAGAUCCAGUCGCCGUACUCCACGGAGUUUGGGGCUCAGGGUCCGUCUCACGACAGCCAGCUGGACGCUCCCUCAGCGCGCACUGGGAAGAGGAGAGCCUCGGGGCCGAAGAAGGAGCGGAGGAGGACCGAGAGCAUCAACACUGCGUUCGCCGAACUGAGAGAAUGUAUACCAAACGUACCGGCAGACACGAAACUGUCCAAAAUUAAAACGUUACGACUAGCAACAAGUUACAUUGCCUACCUAAUGGACGUGUUGGCUAAAGACACUGGAGAGACCGAGGGAUUCAAUGCCGAAAUCAAGAAAUAUGAUAACAGAGAUUUGAAACGGAAACGGGAAACGAACGAGGACCUGCAAGAGUCAUUAGGAAACGAGAAAAAGUUCAAAGGGCGGACAGGUUGGCCUCAGCAAGUCUGGGCUUUGGAAUUGAACCAGUGACUGUUCUGACCCCACUGAGCAGAGCAGCAGCAGAAACCCACGCAGACUCCGUAUUCAAGCACUUCGCUGCAAGGAAUACAACCACUUAAUAUACACAUCUAUAGGCCUUCUACGUGCAAUGUUCAAAUUCAAACACGGUAGACAUUGGUGAAAUGCAAUAUUAUGCAAAUGAUUCAAAAAAUACCUGGAUACCUUUUCUUUGUCAUUUGUAUUCUUUGAUAGAAUAUAAUUGAAAGUUAGGCUAUAUAGCUUAGAAUAAAUAUGUUUGGUUGUGGAUAGGCCACAAUACUGAACGGAGAGACUGACACGGUGGGAUGUGUGUUGGUGCUUCUUUAUUCUUUACGCGGCAAUCAAUGUUCAGCACUGUUUUUUUAUGCUAUGCAUUGUCUUGUUAUAAUAGUGUCGACUUGUCGUGUUUAUGUCUUGUAAAUAUUUGUUGGGAAUCUACCUCAAAUUAACGUAUCUGUCCCUUUGAAAUAGAAAACAAUUACAUUUAGAGAAGUGCAGGAUAAAUAUCUGUUAAAAAAACAACAAAAAAGGCACGUAAUUCCAAAGGACACAGGUGGUUAACUAUUAGACUGUAUAUUUGAAUCUGACGAAAUUGUUGUCUUUGUGUGGAAUUGGAUGUAAAAUUAUAUUAAUAGAUGACUUAAUAAAUGAAUUACAUAAUUAAUCACACAA